AUGGAUACCUUGGAAUGUACCAGCGACAGCUUGAAACGAUCCAUGGACCAGAGGCUAUCACUUUCUGUGCCCUUCUCGUCGGUGAACGCCGGGCUAGCUGCCUCUCUUGGGUCAAGAGACAUAGCAAAGCACCACGAUAGUAGGAGGAAUACAAUUUUAUUGCCAAAGGAUGUGGCAGCCCCAAAGAGACACGCCUUGGAUAUAAGUUCGGGAGACAAAGGUUCCAAACUGAAUGGGUUCAGGACGCUGUUUCGCUCACGCAAGUCGCAGCAUCUUCGACUCGAAUCAGGGUCGUCUGGUCUGUCUGCAAAGCCCAUCAUUGUGGUGGAAGAGGGCUGUAAUGAGGAUCAAUCUACGGCUACUGGUCAUUUAGAGAAUCAGCAGCCCGUCGGGCUUCAGGUUACUCAGUCCAGCGACCUUUUGAAUGGAGAUGCCGAUAGAAAGGUCAGUGACAAGACGGUGUACUCGCUCAGCUCAGAUCUAACUAGUGUGACUGUCUGCCAUGAUCCGUCGAAGCACAAAUCCAUGCCAAUUACCUUGGUCGAUCAGGAUUGUCUUUACCAUAACCCCUAUAGUGAUAUUCAAGAGGCGUCUCAUUCUACAACACAGUCCAGCGUCAAUCUCGAAGAUCAGAAGGGAGCUACUUCGUACGCCAGCAGACAACAUAGUUCAGAGCGCAGUAGUGCGAGUGUCUUGUCGACAUGCCGCCAUCGGACUACAGAGAAGCCAGGGAAUCCCUUCAGGCAGACCCGCUCCUACAGAUCACGGGGCUCAUCCAGGCAGAGUUCGGACUUUGCCGCCUCGCUUGACGACAGUUACGCAUUGGAACAAGGGGAUCGCCACGCGGCUGUUAUAGCGUUCAAUGAGCUGGCCGGUAGAUUGCGUCUUGAGCCGCUGGAGGUCGACGACACGCUUGGUGCUCACGGGGGUGCUGAAUGGGGUCAGGUGUCAGCUGAACGAUCACCUGAUAGUCGUCUAUCCCAUACAGCCACCGGGGAUGAUCCUCCCAGACGUCGGGAUAAGUUCUAUGGACGCAUACGAACCAUGCGGUCGACCCUCCAGCUUGGAUCGUCAGACGCACCCCGCAAAAGAACCUUGCGUCGGAUGAGGACGUUCGCCAGCCUUUCGCGCCGAUCAGCCGAUAUGACUUCAUUGAAGGGCAAACACCUGGAAGACCUGGCUCGACUGGGGGGGUACAAUCUGCUCACUCUUCCGGCCGACUUUGCGCCUACGAAAUUGAAGCUACCCGUAUGCUUUGUGGCGAUUAUCACCUAUCUGGGAUGCUUUGCUCCUACUGUACGAAACGUCUUUGUCGACGCCGGGGAUCCGAAACUAGCGGCACGGACGUACGACUACUACGCCAAUCAGGUGCACUCGGUGGAAAAGCAGCAAGACAAGAUCCAGAUGACGGUUGCGAGUGGCACGAUACCGGCGGAUGUGGUGGACCCUCUGAACCGGGAUGGGGAUAGUGGCGACGCCAUUCAAGUGUUGAGCGUGGCAUGGGCGUUCAAGGCUCUUCUGUCCGGACUCCCAGGGGGGAUUCUAGGGUCGGGCCGGCUUUAUCGAGUGCUGGUCCAGAUUUGUCAGGGCCACCUUACGAGCGAGCCAGUGGAGCGGCGAAGGACCUGCCUCGGGGGGCUUUCACCUCGGGGUUUCGUCCAGGUCAAGGCGAUGAGUCUGGCGAUUCUGGCGCUCAGCGACUCGAUGCAGCUGAACCUGAUCUGUGGGGUGUUCGGACUCAGCGCGCUCUUGCUGCAUGAGACGCAGCGGCUGAUAGAGCUGGAACGCCAGGGCUUCCGGGGCAGCGUCUGCCGGGCCAGUAUUGGGUCGGGGCUGCUGAACCUAGACCGACUGAGUGGAGUGCUGGCGCCACUACUGACGGAAGGCGAGGGGGAGGAAAAUCCUGAGGAUGCGUUCCGGGCCAUUCAGCGCGAGAUUGAAAGCCAGCGGGUUGCAGCGAUGCUGAUCGAGAAUUGGCGAGGGCGCAUCACCAUGGAUUCUCGCGAACGUUUAGCGGGUCGGCGGAGGUGCGAGGAUGAGGCCAAGAUGAUCCAGCAUGGUGGUGUAUCCUGGUGUCUGCGAGAGUACUUUGUGUAG